AAAUGGAAUAAUUAUUUUAAGGUGGUUGUCAUUGUUGCAAAGUGUAAUUUGAAUUCUAUGGCCCCCUUGAAAUGGAAGUAAUUUAGUGUGUUUGUUCAAUAUGUCGUAUGAAAUAAAACCAUCAUGUUCUAAUUCCUCAAUCUAAAUUUAAGUUAUUGACAAGUAUGGAAGAAUUAAGUUUAUAUACAUUUAAUACAAAAUAAGUAAGAAUUGAUCUUAAAUUUAGGCAAAACAUUAUUUUUGUAAGACUUGUGGAGUUUAAUCUUUUUUUUAUCCAAGAUCAAAUCCAAAUAUGAUAGCUGUUACAAUAUAUUGUGUGCAACUACCAUCAAAUGUAAAACUAACCAAGAUAACCUAAGGACUUGAAUAAUCUAUUAAAACCAUCAUUUAGCAAUGA